CAGCAACGUCAGGUCACCAUGGACCAGCUGAUCCCCAUUAUCAACAAGCUACAGGACGUGUUCAGCGCCAUCGGACAGUCUCCUAUCAAUCUGCCGCAGAUUGUGGUCAUUGGUAGUCAGAGUAGCGGCAAGUCGUCUGUGCUUGAGAACAUUGUGGGCAAAGAUUUCUUGCCGCGUGGAUCGGGCAUCGUUACGCGUCGUCCCCUCGUGCUUCAGCUCUACAACUCGUCAGCUACUAUCCCUGUCGAGGGCGCGGAGGAGACGGCUGAGGAAUGGGGCGAGUUCCUCCACGUACCCGGACAGAAAUUCACCGAUUUCAACGAGAUCCGACGCGAGAUUGAGAAGGAAACGGACCGUAUCACCGGCAAGAACAAAGGCAUCAGCAACAAGAGUAUCAAUCUCAAGGUGUUCUCUCCUUACGUACUCAAUCUCACACUUGUGGAUCUGCCUGGUAUCACCAAGGUGCCAGUAGGAGAUCAACCCGUUAACAUCGAGGAGCAGAUCCGAGACAUGUGUACUGAGUUCAUCUCGAACCCGAACUCCAUCAUCCUAGCCGUCACGUCAGCUAAUACUGACCUGGCUAACAGUGAUGCACUCAAGAUGGCACGAGAGAUCGACCCGAAUGGAGAGCGUACCAUUGGUGUGCUUACGAAGCUGGAUCUCAUGGACGAUGGCACCGACGCCAUGGACAUGUUGCAAGGACGCGUCAUCCCACUUAAGAGAGGAUACGUGGGCGUCGUGAACCGCAGUCAGGCGGACAUCAACUCCCAACUGUCGAUUCGCGACUCUCUAGCCAAAGAACAGAACUUUUUCAAGACCCAUCCUGCCUACCGAGCUAUCGCCUCGAGGAUGGGGACGCAGUAUUUGUCCAAGACGCUCAACACCAUUCUCAUGCACCACAUUCGCGACUGUCUACCGGAAAUCAAGUCCAAAAUCAGCAGUAUGAUCUCCGAUCUUGACCAGGAACUCGGCGAAAUGGGCUCCCCCACGGAACAGAUGACGGCCACUGAAAUGGGCGGGUGUUUGCUUAGUUUGCUGUCCCAUUUCUCGAGCAACUUCACCAAUUCCUUGGAUGGACGCAACCAUCAACUGGUGGAGAUGGACGAACUCUACGGAGGUGCACGUAUCAACUACAUUUUCAACGAAAUAUUUUCCAAGUCGCUGCGUGAAGUGAACCCGUUUGACGGACUCAGUGACGAAGACAUCCGCACCACCAUUCGCAACGCUAACGGUCCGCGACAGUCGCUGUUUGUCCCUGAGGUAUCUUUCGAAUUGCUGGCGAAGCGUCAGAUUAGUCGCUUGGAGCAGCCUGGCCUGCAGUGUGUGGAUCUGGUCUUUGACGAGCUACAGCGUGUGACGUCGCAGUGUGAAACGAUCGAGCUGACGCGCUUCCCCGAGCUUCGUGACCGUGUCAUGGAAGUGGUCAAUGGCAUGCUGCGAGCGUCGCUGAUCCCCACACAGGCUAUGAUUCAGAACCUCAUUCAGAUUGAGCUGGCCUAUGUGAAUACAAAUCACCCAGACUUUAUUGGAGGCAGUCGUGCAGUGGCGCAAUUGAUGGAGAAGAUGCAGCGCGAGACGAUGGCGUCGGCUGGAGCUCCUAGCAACAAUAUGAUUAACCAGGAUCCUCGACGUGCAGGACAAGCACCAAAGCAGAACGCGGCUCCUGCGGGACAUGCUGGAUCAGCGGAGGAGAAACAGGACGGUAACGGUCUCCUGUCUUUCUUUGGAGGUGGGCGUAAGAAAAGCGGAGAUGCUGCCACGAGCUCAAAGCCUGCAGUUGUAAAGCUCCCUCAGGUGCCUGUGAGCAUGCGGCAAGGCGAUGACCCCACAGACCGAGAACGCAUCGAGACGGAAAUUAUCAAGAGUCUGCUUGCGUCUUACUUUGACAUUGUUCGGAAGAACUUCCUGGAUUUGGUGCCGAAAGCCAUUAUGUGCUUCAUGGUGGGUCACUCGAAGGAGAAUAUUCAGAACGAGCUGGUGUCAUCUUUGUACCGUGAGGACAAGCUGAACGAGUUGCUGGCGGAGACUGGGGACAUUGCGGCGCGACGCUCGAACUGUGAUGAGAUGCGGACGCUACUGCAACGCGCAUUAGAGAUCGUGAACGAGGUUCGCGACUUCAAUACGUUCAAGUGA